AUAAAUGUACCAUCCCCAUUUCAUUUUGUUGUGAGCUUUUUAUUGUGAAAUUUCAUUUGUAAAUUGUAAAUAAAUAGAGAACCUAACUUGCUGCGCCAAAUCAGCCGGAUCCCAGGAUGGAGUUGAAAUCAAGUGUAUUGGCAAUUGGAGACGAGACUAGCGAAACUUCAGGAAGAGUGUCGGGUCUUACGCACAACGAAUACACAUUUAAGGAAGAAUUCAGGAUCCGUAUGCAGAAGUUACUACUUCCGGACGCUCCUCACCUGGCAACUAGACCGGACGAAGAUGCAGUCGAAAGAUUUUCCGCAAACGUAAUUAAGAAAAAUGGGAAACAAUACUAUCAAUUCGGCUCAGAGGAAUCUAGACCUGGAGAGAUCAUAUCUGGACCAACGUUAGACCCAAAAGGAGUUACAUUACUAGUAAAGAAUCGGAUAAGCAAAGAACACUGGGUAAAUGAAGCAAUGAUUGAGUCUAAGAUGCAAUGGGGAGAAGUACAAGAAAUAGUAUCCGGUUGUCUCGAUGAGCAAAACAAUAAAUUAUAUAAUUAUUUGUGUUAUUUGCAGGAAAAUGGUAAAUGAUAAUACAUUUUCCCACAGCUAUAUUAAAUUUAUGUACCUGAAUAAAAAUCCAUUUCUGGUCUAUCAAAACUUUUGGGAGCUUUUGUUGUGAAAAUCUCUGAAUCAUGCUGUCAGUCGUCAUGAACAGUUGAAAUUGACAAUCAGACGGAUCCUACGAUGGAACCGAAAGCUAUGGUGUUGUCGAAUAAGCCAAGCAAAGCUUCUUACACUCUACACAAGUAUAAAUUUGAGGAGAAUUUCAAGAAUCAUUUACAGAAAUUACUGCUGCCAGGUGUUCCUCACCUGGCAACUGAUGCAAACGAAAAAUUGGUAGAAAGGUUUUCAGCAAGGGAAGUAAAAAAAAAUGGCAAACGUUAUUAUGAGUUCGGUCCAGACAAUUUCAAACCAGGAUGUAUCAUCGGAGGAUUCACGGUUGACGCCAAAGAAGUUACAUUUUUAGUUAAGAAUCGGAUGAACCGAGAGCACUGGAUCAAUGUCAACGUGAUCGAGUCUGAAAUGAAGUGGGAACCAGUACAAGAAAUAGUUUCAGACUACCUAGAUGAGCAGAACAACAGAAUCUAUCAUUACUUGUGUUACUUGCACGAAAAUCGUAAAUAAAUUUAAAUCUAUCUGA